AUGGCCGCCCUCGGUAUCAGGUUAAUUAGCCUGGCAGGUGCCAGACGGGCAGUGCGCAGGUGGCUCCGUCGCGGCUUGCCACUUGGCGACAGCUCUGACGAAGAGGACGACGGACAAGCUGUUCCUCCGGCCCCUCCCAACACUCCUGCUGACCUUUCGCUCAUCGAUGAGGAAGACGAAGACGACAACAACAAACCCGACCAGCAGCCAGAGGAGGAAGAUUCCGAGCUCUACUACCUUGAAGACAGCGAGUACGACCAGGACUUUUACAACGACUCGUCCACCAUGAGCCUCAACAUGUUUGUGCCCACCAUCAGCGGCAUGCAGCAGGCCGCCGCACCCAAGGCUGAGGAGCGCGAGGAGCCGCAGCAGCCCACUGACCCCAAGGUUGAGGACAACGAGCAGCCUCAGCAGCUCUCUUCCGGCGCCGAGGCUCAGGAGAUCGAGCAGCCCCAGCAGCUCUCUUCUGACGUCAAGGCCAAGGAGAUCGAGCAGCCUCAGCAGCUCUCUUCUGGCGCCGAGGUCAAGGAGAUCGAGCAGCCCCAGCAGCAGCUUGUCGACGACAAGGUCGAUGCCUUGACUGAGCAGAUGAGCAAGCUCAACGUGGCGCGCACUGACGAGCCAGUCGUCGCUGUGACCAAGCCGCUCUCGGUUCCAGGUGAUGACGAUGCCACCAUCGCCGAGCCCAUCGAUCCAGCUGUGCUCGCUGAACGCGCCGUGCACCUCAAGUUCAUCGGCGAGGCCUUGGACAUGGCCAAACUUGCCCUCGUCACCAACGAGACUCCCGUCGGCUGCGUGAUUGUCCACGACGGCAAGGUCAUUGCUCGUGGCAUGAACGCGACAAACGUCACUCGCAACGGAACUCGUCACGCAGAGUUCAUGGCCAUCGCUGCCCUCAUGUCGGUUGCCAAGCCGGGUGAACCCAAGACCACCUCUCUCAAGCCCAACGUUCCUCCCAAGAAGGUCGUCAAGGGCGACGGACAGUCUGACAUCUCUUCCGUGGAGUGGCGAUCUCCCGACGAAGGUAACGAAGAUGGCCGCAAGGGUCACCUGUAUCCUUACGGCCAAAAGGAAUUGCCUCAGGAGCGCGUUGAUGGCAGAAUUCUCCAUGAGAGCACCCUCUACGUCACUGUCGAGCCUUGCGUCAUGUGUGCCUCGCUCCUUCGUCAGGUUGGCAUCAAGAAGGUCUACUUUGGAGCUGUCAACGACAAGUUUGGAGGCACCGGUGGAGUCUUCAGCAUCCACGCCAAUUCCGUGCCCGUUUCCAAGGAUGGCCAGACCUGCAGCGCUCAUCCUCAGCCCAAGCCUGUCCAGUAUCCUGAUGGAGGCGGCAGCCUUGGCACUUCGUUCCCUCCUGGCGGUGGCGAUGGCGGCAACAUUGAAUCGGGAUUUGAGAUUGAGGGUGGCUGGGGCCGUGAUGAGGCCGUGGCGCUUCUUCGUCGCUUUUACGUCCAGGAGAACGGCAGAGCAUCCCGUCGUCCAGCUCCUGUUCCGCGAAAGAAGGAAGGCCGGGCCGCUCGCUUGGCUGCCAUGAUGGAGGCAGACGGAACUGCGCCCCCUUCCACCGGUGCCGCUACCCCAGAGGUCAAAGCGGCCAACGAUGUCAAAGACAUCAAGGAUGUGAAGGAUGCUCAACCUACUGAAGGUGGUAAGGAUGCCGCCAAGGAGAAUGUUGAGCCUCGCAACACUCAACUUGUCAACAAAGGCGAGGAGCCCCUUGCCGAAGAGGCUACCGUUUAG